AUGACGGAGUCGUCCAUUUUCAUUGCUACUGACGCGGACUUGCAUGACGGAGAUAAAAGUUCUAGGGCACACCUCGUUCCUUUGGCCAGGGUUCACAUGACCUCGGAAAACUCCUCCUCCAGAGCUAGAGAUGUUCUUCGCGCUGAUGUGUUGGAAAAUAUGAAAUCAAAUGCUGAGGCUGACACUAUCUCAGCCAAGUGAGGGGCCCCGGGCGGACCGGUGAUCAGCUCUUGGUUGGUGUUUGGUGGGUCUUUUACACUGCGUACGCGUCCAAGGAUUGAGGUGUCAAUGGAAGAAGUGCAGCCACCGAACUGUCCAAUUUUUGGUAUCGUAUUCGUGCCUUGGCUUCGG